UGUGUUCUCACUGAGGUAGUCUUCCCUCAGCGUGACUGUAGAUGUGCUCGGAGCACCGGAUUAUCCAAACAGAACGCUGCACGCGCGCGCUACCAACGCGUCACAUCUCACCAAAGUGCAUGACAGAACCAGAGCAGAGCGAGAAGAAAACAGCAACAGUUACCCUUUCCUGAGUCCUCCAGGCGAACAGUUCUGGAAUCAUGCCGAAGCACGUGGAGGUUAGGGUGCACGAAAGCCACCUGGAGCCCAUCGAGGCGAGGCCAAGCUCCAAAUUGGGAACAAUAUGUCAGAAGAUGUGCAAGAACCUGCUGCUCACGCUGACUGUGAUGGGUGUGAUUUUGGGAGCUGUUUCUGGGAUGCUGCUGCGUGUGGCUUCUCCGAUCGAUGACAACAUUGUCAUGGUAAUUGCCUUCCCUGGAGAUAUUCUAAUGAGGAUGCUAAAAAUGCUCAUCCUUCCCUUAAUCAUCUCCAGCUUAAUCACAGGUCUCGCUGGUCUGGAUGCAAAGUCAAGUGGUCGUCUGGGUACCAGAGCCAUGAUUUAUUACAUGACCACUACUAUCAUUGCUGCUGUGCUGGGGGUCAUCCUGGUGCUCAUCAUCCACCCCGGAAACCCAAAACUCAAGGAGAAUCUAGGAGAAGGAGCUGUGAAUGAUGAGGUUUCCAGUCUUGAUGCCUUUUUUGACCUUAUCAGAAACCUCUUCCCUGAGAACUUGGUUCAGGCUUGCUUCCAGCAGAUCCAGACCGUCGUGAAGAAGGUAGAAGUUCAGCCUGAUUUCGAUGACACCAACAGCACUGACUAUCUGUCCAAUGCCACCAAACCACCCCCUAUUUUCAUAGACAAGAAAUCUCUCCAAUUCAAGAGCGGCAUGAACGUGCUGGGUAUAAUUGGAUUCUUCAUUGCCUUUGGUAUUUGCAUGGGCAAGAUGGGAGAGAAAGCUAGGCUCAUGAUUGACUUCUUUAACAUACUCAAUGAGAUUGUGAUGAAGCUGGUUAUCAUGAUCAUGUGGUACUCUCCCUUUGGCAUCGCCUGCUUGAUCUGUGGAAAGAUCAUCUCUAUCAAAGAUCUGGAGGUGGUGGGCAGGCAGCUGGGGAUGUACAUGGUGACGGUUAUUAUUGGUCUGAUCAUCCAUGGUGCCAUAUUCCUGCCAUGCAUCUACUUUGCAAUUGUACGGAAAAACCCCUUCUCGUUCUUCAUGGGCAUCUUCCAGGCCUGGAUCACGGCUCUGGGCACAGCCUCUAGCGCUGGCACUCUGCCCGUAACGUUCCGGUGUCUUGAGGAAAACCUUGGUAUUGACAAGAGAGUUACACGUUUUGUGCUUCCUGUUGGAGCAACAAUUAACAUGGAUGGAACAGCCCUCUAUGAGGCUGUGGCUGCCAUUUUUAUUGCCCAGAUGAACGGAAUUUAUUUAGAUCCAGGUCAAAUCGUCACUGUCAGGUAAGACAGAAGGGGCUACUUUU